AUGGCGGGUGAUGCCAUCAUGGUCAUGAAAGGCUUGACAAAGCUUAGUAAAGCGGUCCUAGAAACCCAGGCAGGGCAGCUUCGGCAGGUGCUCCUUGGGGGUGAUGCAGUUACCAUUGCAAGGACUCUCCAGGCCACUGCUGAAGAACAGUUCAGUUCUGCCUUGGGAAAAAUGCAGGAACUAGGCAAAAAACAGGAGAACUUAACUGAUCUCAGUGAGGAUUUUGGGAAAGACUAUGACUUCUCAGCCCGAGAGCCAGCAGAUGCUCCAAUGGACUUCGCCACCGCCCCUGGCAAGCCUCACGAACGCAGCGGUGAAGGCCCUGCUUCCUCUUACACUACGAAUGGACCUUUUAGAAAUGUUGGUGAGACUGGAGAUUCUCUCAUGGGUCAGAAGCCUUUCCCUCCCAAAAUGGAUGCAAGGUUAUUUGGAGGCUUUAGGGACCCUGGAAAUCCUUUUGCUGCUGCCUUUGGACAAAACAGGGCUUUUCACCAAGACCAUUCCUCUGUUAGUGGAUUAACAGCUGAAGAUAUUGAUAAAGCCAGGCAGGCCAAAACAGGUUCAGAGCAGAAACCCUACAAACAGAUGCUCAGUGAGCGGGCCCGGGAGAGGAAGGUUCCCGUCACAAGGAUCGGACGGCUCGCCAACUUUGGAGGACUAGCUGUUGGUCUUGGCAUUGGGGCAUUGGCAGAAGUUGCAAAGAAGAGCCUUAGAUCUGAGGAACGCAAUG